CUCUCUCCCUCUCUCUCUCUCUUGUGAUUGACAUGAAGGACUGCAGAGAAGAUGAGCCAUGCUGUUACUUCCAUCCCAAAGAGGUGGUUGUAGGGGUGUGUGCUCUAUGCUUGAAUGAGAGGCUUCUCAUAUUGGCUGCAAAGCAAGGCCAACUUCACCAAACCAAAAGCAUCCUUAGAAGUUACAGUCUCACCAACAGGAAGUCCUCCAUCACCAUCCCCAAGAUCUUUGCUCUGAGUUCCUUGCUCAAUCGCCUCGAUAUCCGGCACAGGAAAUCGGAGGAGAACGACGACACUGAUGCCUCUGCCAGUCAUGAAGAUAAUGGUGCUGCCUCAUGGGAGAAGGGGACAGUCUCUAAGGUCUCCCUUGAGCACUGCAACAACAUGAAUUGGAAUCACAGCUUAAGCAAGGAGGCCAGAGGGGCCAAGAGUGUAGUAGAGCAUGCGAAACCACCCGCAUCGCUUAGGUGGCGAAAGCGGAUUGGUCACCUGUUCCAGCUCAUCAGAUGGAAGAGGUCCAGUAGUAAAGGAAAUGUGUGUCAUGUGGGUGGCAAGCUGGAAAGAGUGAAGGGGAGAUAUGGCUGGAUAAGAACUCUGACAAAGAGGAGGACCAAAGAAUAAAGGGGUUUGUAUUUGUAUAGAAAAGAGACAUUCUAGCUUUUUAUCUUCCACCACCCCCCACAUUUGUGAGUGGAGACUCAUUGUGAAUAGAGAAUUAUAUCUUAUGGAGACUGCAUAGUCAAAAAAAUAUUAUCUUGAUCAUCAAUCAACUCAUAAAAUGUUGUUUGGAAGAGUAUUUUGUGUCCUCG